GUACGCGAGUCUUAGCGCCCAUUGACAGCCUUUUAGCUGUACAGCCGAGCCAUGGCCGCUCCCUAGAGUCAUCCUCAUGAUGAGUGAUAUGUGCAUUCUUGCAAGCGUGAACCCAGUGUGUGCAUGCUAAUAAUCCCUGGGCUCAUACUACGGUCACGUUGUAAGAAGCGAGGAGCUGUAAGUGCCAUAAGAGUUAAAGGUGCUCAACCAUUUCACUUGGAUCUUCUCUAUCCAGUAGUACUAUGUACAGUAAGUAGUACGUAGUAGUCGUGUCGAUACGCCGGAUAAACUUGCCCUGCAUUUCGAUAUUAUCCGGAAUAUUUUUCCUCAGGGGGUUACUAGUAUUCCAUUUCGAAGACAGAUCGGAAUAGUAUGGUGCAGUGGGCACUGUUCUGGGGAUGUAUGUUGACGGCGUUCGCGCCCAUCAGCUUCCUCUUCUUCACGGUUGUGGCGCAACGUGCGCAGCUGGUCAUCCUGUCCAUCACUGCCGCGUUCUUCUACCUCCUCGGACUCCUCGUGGCGGCGACGUUGUGGACGGUGAUCCCCCCGCUCCAUGAUUCGAUCCACGCGACCAUCCCCGUGGCCAUCCUCGUCCAGGAACUGUUUCGAUAUGCCUUCUUUAUUGUGUACAUUCGAUGCGAACAGGCCGUGAAGCGCGUGACGACCAAGCAAAACCAAUUGCCGCUGAACGACCUCACGUCCUCGUUUGCGUCGGGCGUUGGGUUUGCCCUCAUGCGCGCGUUGAUGAUGUACGGCACUGUGCUCGCGUCGAGUUUGGCGGGUGAAGGCGCCUCGUUCACCGCCACAUGUCCGCAGAUCCCGCUUGUCUUCGCCUCAGCGCUUUCAACAUUGGCGUUGACGUUGCUGGAUGUGGCUCUCAUGGUCCUUGCGUUUGAAGGCUACCGCAAACGCUCUGCCGCGCACAUCGUAGCUGUCGUGUUGCUGCACGUGGGCUCGGGGUUAUCGAACAUGCUCAACCUGAACGAAGUCGGAUGCUCCGCCUCCAUCCCCCUCACGUAUGUGGCGGCAUCCUUGGCGGUCGUGGCCGCCACGCUCAGCGUCAAGCGCGCGUCGUCGUCGUUUGCAUCCUAAACAUCGCGGCAUACAGUAUAUAUUCGCGAAAAUAUAAAAAAUGUAUUGGGA